UCAAUCGGUUACAAUCGUUGUUUCAAUUAAUUUAAAAGUUAUACAAUUUUUCUUUUUGCUUGGCAUAUUUGUUUAAAAUUUGAAUAAUAUUAAAAAUUCUGUUGGAACUCGCACCGCGUACAUUUAUGCGCCAUUUUCUUCAAGUACAUGUGCACUUACCGUAAAGAAUGUUCCUGGAUCACUAAAGUGUUUCGUAGUUCUAUCGACCAUCGUUAUCAGUGAUUUUUAAAAUAUCCUUGCAAAAAGAUGCCCAAGUCGAAAAGAGACAAGAAAAUAUCUCUUACGAAAACAAAUAAGAAAGGCCUUGCUUUGAAACAACAAAUUGUGGAGGAUGUUAGAAGUUGCGUUGAGAAAUAUGACAGGAUAUUUCUUCUAUCCGUACAUAAUAUGCGCAAUAACAAACUUAAAGAUCUACGAUCGGAAUGGAAAGACAGUCGGUUUUUUUUUGGUAAAAACAAGGUGAUAGCGCUAGCUUUCGGUAAAUUACCGGAAACCGAAGCUGCAGAAGGUCUUCAUAAAUUAUCAUUAGCAUUAAAAGGACAAUGCGGUCUGCUAUUUACAAACAGGAGUAAGAAGGAGGUAUUGAAUUGGAUGGAAGAAUACGAAGAAAUAGAUUAUGCUAGAUCUGGAUUUAUUGCUCAAGAAACUAUAAUGUUACCUGAAGGGCCAAUGCCAGAGUUUUCACAUAGUAUAGAACCUCAUUUAAGACAAUUAGGAAUGCCCACAGCUUUACAGAAGGGUGUGGUAACAUUAAUCAAAGACUACAUUGUAUGUAAAGAGGGUCAAACGUUAAAUCCAGAACAAGCAAGGAUUUUGAAAUUACUUGAUAAACCAUUGGCUACCUUUAAAUUGAUACCAUUAGGUAUAUUUUCCAAGAAACAUGGAUAUAAACAACUUAUAUCUCAACAUGAUGUUAAAGAAAAUAUGGAGGAACAAAUGGACAUAGAGGAAACAGAGAAUAUUGAUAAUACAUAAGAUAAAUACAACAGACAAAUUUUUAUAUGUAGGUGCUUUCUUCUACCUCCUUUCCUUCCACACAUUUACUCAUUUGCAUGCACACAUACACGUACAUACAACGAUAUAGAAUUGAACUUUUCAACUUACACAUUUUGUUAAAAGAAAAAAGAAAAAAAGAAA